UUUGGAUGAUAUCAACCAAUUAUUUACUAAUAAUAAAAUCUUUCUGGAAUGCAAAAUAUCAAAACUCUAAUUUGUAACUGUAAUACAUAGAUUUAAAUUUAGUGACAUUUAAAAUUAGCAUACACGAUAGCGAGGUGGGCGAGGAAACCUGCUCUUUGAUCUAUAAUUUCAAAUAUUCUUGAAAAGCCAAUAAUAUGUAAAUUAUUUUAAAUAUCAGCUUGAUAACAAAUAUAGACUUCUUUAGGAUUCAAGCCGCAAUCUCUUGUGUUAAAUUAAAUAACAGUAAAAAUGCCCUCAAUACCUGGAAAGUAUCAACAUUAUAAAAAUGAAGACAUUGAUGACUAUUUCAUAGCAGUAGGUGUACCUUUCAUGGGAAGGAAAAUGAUGGCAAUGUCUUCACCUCUAAUGGAAAUAACAAUGGACGGUGAUAAUAUGGUUAUUAAAAAUUCGUCAUUGCUUCGAACAGUGGAAAUGAAAUUCAAAUUGGGCGAGGAGUAUGAAGAACGUAUGCCUAAUACAACUAUUAAGAGUAUUACUAAACUUCUUAAUGACCAUGAACUUGAAACUUUAUCUACUAUUCCUGAGAGUGGUGCUAAGUGCGGAAGAAAUUAUUUAUUUACGGAUGAUGAAUGUGUUAUAACUUUGACCCAUGACAAGGCACAAACACCAGGUAAAAGAUACUUUCGUAGAGUGACUUCUUAAACAUUUGAAUUAUUUAUAGGAAUCUUAAAUUGAAGCAUGCUGUGAGAUCAUUUUAUUGAUUAAAUAUAAUUGGUUAUUGGAAUAAAAAGCAAUUUUAUACUUAUUUAUGUUUAUAAGUUAUAUUUUUAUUGUUGUAAUAUUUUUAUAAUUUUUUAAUAA